AUGGCACCUUCAACGCUCUCAGGGCCUGGAAGCAAGCAAACGCAAACACAGAAGUCCGAAGCCAAACUCGGAUUCUCCCUCCCGGACUUCGAAUCUCUUCCGGACAAGUACGGCUGGCCCCGCGAAAACGAGCAUGGAUAUAGGAUCAAGGAGCAACUGUGCGGGACAGAGCGACCGCUUCGCGUCAUCCAUGCCGGUGCCGGUGCGUCGGGGAUCUGUCUGGCCAAGUUCUUGCCCGAGAGAUUGAGGAAUGUCUCGCUCGUUUGCUAUGAGAAGAACUCUGACGUUGGCGGGACAUGGCUGGAAAACAGGUAUCCGGGUUGUGCUUGCGAUAUUCCCUCUGUUGACUAUCAGUUCACCUGGGCUCGCAAUCCCAAUUGGUCCCAUUUCUACUCCAGCGCUCCAGAGAUCUGGCAGUAUUUCAGAGAUCUGGUCGACCGCUUUGACCUGAUGAGAUAUUUCAAACUCAGCCAUGAAAUUAUAGGCGCUUACUGGGAUAGCCGUCGCGGAGUAUGGGACAUUCACGUGAAAAAUCUCGUCAGUGGGGAGACUUUUAUUGACAACGCAGAAGUCUUUAUUAAUGGAGGUGGAGUUCUGAAUCACUGGAAAUGGCCUGAUAUUGAAGGCCUUUCGGACUUUGAGGGCACCUUAUGCCAUACUGCGAGAUAUGAUGAAAACACCGUGCUUGAUGGGAAGCGAGUUGCGGUCAUUGGCACUGGAAGCAGUGGUGUGCAAGUCAUUGCCAAUAUCGCUUCCAAGGUCUCCAGGCUCUACACAUGGAUUCGAUCACCGACUUGGAUCACCCCAGGGUUUGCUCAGAAAUACGCGGGACCGGAUGGAGCAAAUUUUGCAUACACCGAGGAGCAGAAAACCUUCUGGGCAGAGAACUAUCUGGAGUACCUGAAGUACUGCAAGGAGAUCGAGAACGAGCUUAAUCAGCGGUUCAAGUUUAUCCUGAACGGGACUCCGGAAGCAGAGGCGGCAAAGCGAUUUUCGACGAACGAAAUGAAACGAAAGCUGGCCGGGAGGGAGGAUUUGAUAGAAAAGAUGAUUCCAACGACGUUUGGAGUCGGUUGUAGGCGUCCAACGCCUGGAAACGGAUUUCUCGAAGCGCUUACCAUGCCCCAUGUGACGACCUAUACCGAAGAGAUCAAGAAAAUCACGGCCAAGGGGUUUAUGGACCAGGCCGGCGUGGAACAUGAAGUCGACGUGAUUAUCUGCGCAACAGGCUUCAAUACCUCUUGGGUCCCUCGGUUCCCGAUCGAAGCAAACGGCAAGAAUGUUCAGGAUCUGCAUGCCGGCAAACCCCUUUCCUAUCUCUCCGUUGGUGUUCCGGACAUUCCGAAUUACUUCACAGUCCUGGGGCCAUAUGGCCCCCUGGGCCAUGGUUCGAUCCUCCCGCUGAUUGAACGCCUUCUGUCGAAUUUUAUCCGCAUUAUCCAGAAGAUGCAGGUGGAGAACAUCAAGUCCCUUGCUCCCAAACGCGAGGUCUGCGAGAAGUUCGCCGAGCACGCCGAUCUGUUCCUGAAGCGUACCGCAUGGUCUUCGGGCUGCAGCAGCUGGUUCAAGCAGGGUCGAAAGGACGGUCCCUUGACGAUGUGGCCCGGCUCACGGCUGCUGUUUCUCGAGGUGCACAAGGAGCCCCGCUACGAGGACUACAAUAUCGAGUAUCUCGACGGAAAUCCCUUUGGGUUUCUGGGGAACGGGUUUACGGUGAGAGAGUACGAUGGCAGCGCCUUGUCUUACUACCUGGGCACGGCGGAAAACCCCGGAGCAUUGAUGCCACUGGCCGGAAAUCCUUGA